CUCCUCACACCGCCGUCCUCGCCGCCACCUCACGCUUCGCAGCAGCCUCGACUGCGCCUCGCUGCGCUGCCAUGAGCGGCCACUGCAGCGCUAGCGGCAGCGGCAGCACCAUGCCUCUCGCGCCGCAGCCGCCGCAGCCGCGCGUGCUCAUCGUCGACCACCACGACUCGUACACGCUCAACCUGCUGCCGCUGCUGCUGCGUGCCCUCGAGCUCGACGGCGCCGACAGCACCUCGCUCGCCUCGCACGUGCUCGUGCUGCCGCACACGCAUCCGCUGCUGGCGCCGGCCCUCUUCGCCACGCAUCUGGCGCCGCACGUCGAGCUGCUCAUCCUCUCGCCCGGGCCCGGCGCGCCGCAGCACCGCCGCGACUUUGGCGCCGCCCGCGAGCUGCUGCGCUCGCAGCCGUCGUUGCCCACGCUCGGCGUCUGCCUGGGCCACCAGGGCCUCGCGACGGCCAAUGGCGGCGCUGUGCGUGCUGCGGCGGCCCCGCGGCAUGGCACGCGCAGCGUGCUGCAGCUUGUGCCGCGCGGCGACAUGGAGCUGUUCGAGGGCGUCGGGGAGGGCACGCAAGUGGUGCGAUACAACAGCCUGGUCGUCGAUGAGAAGACUCUGCCUCCCUGUCUCGAGGUCACUGCCUAUGCGACAGACGCACCCAGUUCUGCAACAGGAGCUCCUGAGCCUUCCACACACCACGAGCUCUCCGCCAGCGCGUUGCCCACCGGCGAGCUGCUCUGCUCGGCGCAGCCCGGCGCCUCCACCUCUGCAGAGCGCGUCAUUCUCGCCCUGCGACACCGCACGCUGCCGCAGUGGGGCGUGCAGUUCCACCCCGAGUCCAUCGAGAGCGACGGCGGCGUCGCCAUGAUGCGCAACUUUGUGCGCCUCGGCGAGCAGCACUGGGCGCAGGCGGCACGCAGCAGCAGCGAAGCGGACGCUCACCUGCAGAGCUGGCAGCAGCGCGCGCCGCUGCCGCCGCAUCUCCAGGCGCUUGCCGGGCAGUGCGUUGCCAGACCGCUGGUGCCGCGCCUCUUGCCGCAGCGCAAGUGCUUCCGCAUUCUUGAGCGCCGCUUGAAUGCGGCUGCGGUGUGGCUCGAUAGUGCCAGGCCACGCAACCCUGCCAACAACUUCUCCUACAUGAGCUCGCCGGCGUUCUCAGUGUCGUACGACGCGGCACGGCGCUGCGUUCUGCUGCGCAGCAACUGCAGGUCAGCCGCCUCCGCCGAGGUUCCGCUCGCGGCGCCCAGCAUGGCGGAGCAAACACCAGCGCCCUCUCGCACCGCCUCGCCCGACUUUGGCCCGACGCUGCCAGACGACGUCGGCCCUACCUUUUGGUCCUGGCUCGAUGCCAUCCACGAGGAGCUGCGCUCGCAGACUCAGGCGCAUGCUCAGCCGCACUUUGCCGCUGGCUGGGCGGGAUACUGGGGCUACGAGAUGGGAGGCGAGGCAUUGCAAGGCGUCGGCGCCAACGCGGACCGCAGCGCAGGCAACGAGACGCCGCCGCUGGACACGCACAGAAUGCCCGACGCGCACUUCGGUUGGUGCGAUGCGGUGCUGCGCUUCGAACAUGGCACGUCCGAGUGGGUCGCUAGCGCGCUCAUUGAGGAGGCGCAGGCUCCGGCAGACGGAGCGCAGCUGCGCAGCUUGCAGCGUGCUCUGGCGAGUGUCGGCCUGCAGAGACUUGGACGUAGCGAGGCGCAAGCGACAAGCUGGUUCGACCACAUGCAGGCGCGGCUCGAUGAGCUUGCGGAUGCCGCCGCAGAGCAGGCGCACUGCGCGAGCACGUCCCUCGCGCCACUGUCCAAGCUGCAAGCGCGCGACUCUGCGCCGCUCUACAAGGCCAAGGUCGAGGCCGCUCGGCAACAUAUUCUCCACGGCGAGAGCUACGAGCUGUGCCUCACGACGCAGUUCCUCGGCACGCUCGAGCCGCUCUCUGACGCGUCGCACAAGGACAGCGACCACUUCUCUCUCUACUGCGCGUUGCGGAAGCGCAACCCGGCGCCGUACGCCGCCUACAUGCUGAUGGCGCCGCCCGCACGAGGCCAACGCGCACAGGCGCUGCUCAGCACGAGCCCGGAACGCUUCAUGAGCAUCGACGCCGCGGGCAAUGUCGAGAUGAAGCCGAUCAAGGGCACGCUGUCGCGCGCUGGCUGGGCGGACGGCGAGGAGCAGCUUCGUGGCGCUGCCUCUGCGCAGUGGAGGGUGGAGGAAGACGAACGACGCAAGCUCAGACUCGCCGCCGACGCCAAGGAACGGGCUGAGAAUCUCAUGAUCGUCGACCUCAUCCGCGCCGACCUGCUCUCCUUCUGCGCGCCCGCCUCGGUGCAGGUGCCGAAGCUGAUGCAGGUCGAGACGUACGAGACGGUGCUGCAGCUCGUCACCACGGUGCGCGGGCGCAUCGCCGCUGGCGACUCCCAGCAACAAGCACGCACGGGCAGCAUCGAGGCGCUGCAGCGCUGCUUCCCGCCCGGCAGCAUGACGGGCGCGCCCAAGCGCCGCAGCGUGCGCAUUCUGCAGCAGCUCGAGGCCGAGCGCGGCGCGGCGAGUGCGCCGUGCAAGUCGCCGCGAGGCCCCUACGCCGGCGCCCUCGGCUGGCUCGACGUCGGCAGCGGCGCGGCGAGCUUCAGCGUCAUCAUUCGCACCGUCGUCGCCAAUGGCGAUGCGCUGUCGCUCGGCGCUGGAGGCGCAGUCACGUUCCUCUCCGAUGCGGCACGCGAGUGGGCAGAGGUGCUCGACAAGGCCGCUGCGCUGGGCGUUGGGCGCGCCCCGUGA